UACAAAACCCAAGCAACUUCUCUCGGCAAACCGCGUCUUCUAACGCUGUUAGCCCUUCCCUCAACAAAAUGGCAGCAAUACAACAAAAUACAGAGAAUUCCUCAUCUCGUCCUGUUUCAGCUGUGGAUAAUCAAAUUAAUAAAAAUACAAAUUCAUCAACUCCAAUUAUUGAAAGAAGGAUAGCUACGGAUGGGCCUAAACGUAAAUUUAGUCUUUCAGAUUCAUCUCAGGCAACACUGAGUGAAAGAUGCGUUGUAGUGGCUAGGCAAUCCGACGGUUUUGGCCUAACCGUAAGUGGAGAACACCCCCUUACUGUAGCUACACUAAAGCCUUAUGGAGCUGCACAAUUGGCAGGUGUCCGUGAGGGUGACAGAAUAUUGAAGGUUAACGGGAUGCUAGUUAGUUGUUCCAACUUCCAAGAAGUUAUCAAAAUGAUUUCUGGCGGCUACAAUCUAGUAUUAACACUUUUGGGGCCAGCACGUACCCACAGUGUUUCCUCCUGGGAUGAUGAAUUGUUUCCGGCAAUUCAAAAACCAAAGGAAAUAAAUAAUAAUAACAACAAAAACAAUGGAAUAUUAAUACAACAAACACCUAAUCCUGAACAAAUGAUGCUAAGUCUGGAAUGGCAACGAGAACGGAGAGACGAACUUUUUCGAAUGUUAAACAAAGAAAGGGCUAAUCUUGAGUCUUUACAAGUCUGUGCUGGAAUUGCAGACUUAAACCAACAACCACAGCAGCAAAUCGAAUUUGGUGGGGGUUCAAAAUUAGAAAGAGCCCUCUGCAGAAUUAACGAGCUGGAGAAGCAACUGAAUAUUCUUUCCCUGCUUAAUGCAGUCACAAACGGCAAAAAACGGCCACUAAAUAGGAAUGACAAGAAGCGAGGCUCUAUUGAGAGUAAUGAGACUGAGAAACAGGUUGGAAAAUAAU